GACAAAUUGUAUUAGGUGACGUUUAUUGAAACUGUGAAGAGGAAUUAUGAAUUUUUAUUACUGAAACACUGCGUUGACUUGUUUAUUUAUUAGUAUUAUGUAUCUUCCCUAAAUAUUCCCACGAUGAUGCUCUUUCUUUCGAUCGUUCGUUUCGGUUUGCAGCCAUGUUCUGCGUUCUUAAACUUUAAACCAACACCGUAUGUAAAUCACACGAAUGCGCAGUAAAUGAUUAGCAAUAAAACACUGUAAUACGUCAAGCAGUUUGCAUUAUUGCCACGUUGCGUUGGUUUCGACGUAAUCGCAAACAAUGUUCAUCGUCAUCGAACCUGUUAACUAUUCGACGCCUUUUUCUUUUACGAAGUUUUUACUCGUAGACCGAUAAUACGCGUGUGCAAUGAAAUAUAGCAAAAUUUAAUAAACGUAUGUAUCUUGCUGUUCUAUUCAACGAACAAUAUUUGUCUUCGAGCAAGAAAACUCAUUUACAGUGCUAUGUUUUAUCGUUACAUUACCUGAGAUUAUAUCGUUACGCGAGAUAAACGGAGUAUUUGUCUCGGAUCUCGCAAACUUUACUGGAAAUUCAGUGAGAUAUUCAUGUGUACGCGUGAUUACACGAUGCAGAUUAAAUUACCGUACACUUUGGUCAACUCGUUCAAUUAGUAUACGAAAUAAUGAGACCGAUAAAAUGUCAAGUAUCAAGGAUAGACUGCGGUAGAGUGAAAGGCUAAGCGCGCCGAAAAGUGCACGCUCGCGCGUCGCGAGCACGGUGCAUUAAAAAAGAAAAGAAACGUUUUCUCGGCUGUUUAAACGUAAUCGGCGAACAAGUUUCCCCUAGUUUCGGGGUACGUGGUCGCGCGACUGUUUUCACGUUGUCUCCUGGUCGAGCGUCGUGACUGAUUUCCACCUCCCUGUGUCGCGAUGGAAUGAACGGUACCGGGGAGUUUGCCGCGCGAUAGGCGUAUAUUCUUGGCGCGACCUACCUUAAGCGUAAACUUGCUCUUUCGUUUAAGCGCCACCGUGCAACAGGAGGGGCGAAGUACAGGAAACAGAAGGAAGGUUUGGCGGAACACAUCGUCACCACAACGUCGCGCGAUAAUUCUUGGUUCGUCGUUGUUUGCCGCGGCGCGUUUCUCCGUGCUUCAACGCCACCAGUUUGCCGCCAUUUCCCUCCGCUCCCUCCGUGUCCCUCCGGCGUGGCGCGAUUUCCGGUUUAUUUCCAUGGCGGUCGCCCUCUGUUGGUUCACUUUUUCGGACGAAGCGGACGACACCAAGCUGUUAGCCGUGCAAGUGUGAAAACGACGAUCAUGACGCAUACACAACCGUGGACGACGAUGGCGUCGUUGGAGAACAAAGUGGAUGAACGAGUCGCCAAAGCGGUGCACCAGAACGGAGGCGGAUGCAGGACCGAAGAGAUGCCUCUCGAAGACGUGCAGGAUAACAAUAACGAGAGCAUCGAGGUGGAGAUGGUGGUGCCACCGGACGGAGGAUGGGGUUGGGUGAUCGUCGCCGCCUCCUUCAUGUGCAACCUCUUCGUGGACGGUAUCAUCUUCAGCUUCGGAGUGUUCCUGAACGACGUGUCCGCCGCUUUCUCCGUUUCCAAAGCAAGGGUUGCUUUGGUUGGCUCGCUGCAGUCUGGCUUCUACCUUAUGGCUGGUCCUUUUGUGUCAGCUUUGGCUAACAGGUACGGCUUCAGGCUGGUCGCGAUCCUAGGAAGCGUUAUAAGUUGCGGUGCUUUCGUGCUCUCGUACUUCAGCACUUCCAUCGAGUUCCUCUACAUCUCUUAUGGUGUACUCGGUGGUAUCGGUGCAGGACUGAUCUACGUGCCGGCUGUGAUAACUACAGGGUUUUAUUUUGAAAGAUGGAGAGCCCUGGCUACAGGAAUCGCGGUUUGUGGUUCUGGAAUCGGCGCUUUCUUGCUCGCACCAAUUUCCGAUUUGCUCGUCAAGCAGUUCGGGUGGAGGGGUGCCUUGUUAUUUCAAGCAGGAAUGCUGCUGAAUUGUGCCAUUUUCGGCGCGAUGUUCCGCCCACUGAAACCGACCAGGAUUAAAGUGAAACCUACGCCCGAGAACGCGGGCUUAGACGUGAAGAACAACUUGAUGGCCAAAGGUGUUUCCACCGCAUCGUUGCAUUGCGUUCAACCUGGCAGAAGCGGUUUCUUUGGCACCAACAAUAAUACGGAAUAUCCCACCGCUGCUGAGCUCCUCGGCAGCAACCCCAACAUAGUAAACGCUUCCAAAUCGCUACAUUCGCUUCACAAGGUUCACGUUGAACUGACUACGCUGGAAAGGAAGUUGAGCAGCUCGGAGAAACGAUUAUCCGCGCCGAUCUACCCCGAUAUAGACGUGACUAUGGACGAAAAAAUAGCGGAAGAGAACAAUCUUCUAGGUGGUGAUGUGGAAAGACUGAACGGCAAAGUACCUACGAUUCGUAGACACACGAUUAGCGGCCGAAGACUUCGCGCGGACUCGGACUGUAGCCAAAAGUCUUUGAAGGUGGGCAACAAGCGAAAUCCAUUCAGCAAGGAUCCACAAAGACCGUUCUAUAGGGACGAUAUUUUUUAUGGGGGUUCCUUGAACAGGCUACCUCAUUACAGGUCUCAGCAAUCGUCUGUGGGAUACCACAUGUCGGUGACGCGUCUGCCGACCGCGACCGACGUGGCUGAAGAAGAAAGCGGAAGUUGCUACAUAUGUCCAGAAAGCGUACGAAGAAUCCUCACAACCAUGCUCGAUUUAAGUCUGCUAAAAAGUCCCUCUUUCUUGAUCCUGGCGAUCUCUGGAGGACUCACCAUGAUGGGCUUCUAUACACCCUUUAUGUACGUCCCAGAUCGAGCCAUAAGGGCAGGAGUCGAACCAUCCACGGCAAUGUUCCUAGUGUCGGUAAUCGGUAUCGGCAAUACCGUUGGUCGUGUGGUGUGCGGAUUAGCUAGUAGCUUACCAGGUGUCAACGCGUUGGUCGUCAACAAUAUAUUCAUCAGCGCUGGUGGAUUAUUAACCAUAAUUUCCGGCCUGUCGCUCACUCAGGGCUUUCAGUUCUUCUACGCAGCCGGCUUUGGGAUCAGCAUUUCCGUGUUCGCCUCCCUGCGGUCGAUCAUCGUGGUAGAUCUACUGAGUCUGGAGAAAUUGACGAACGCUUUCGGGCUGCUUCUUCUGUUCCAAGGUGUGGCNNNNGCCGUAGGCGCGCCUCUCGCAGGUGCCUUCAUGGACGCGACCGGAAGCUACGACUUCUCGUUCUACCUAUCCGGUAGUCUGAUCUUCUUAUCGGCUGUGAUCUGCUACCCUCUGAAGAGGAUCAACGAGUGGGAGUCGAGGAAGAGCAACGAGAAGAACAGCGACGACCCAUCGAAGUCUUGAUCCAGCACGAAGACACGAUUACAUAGACGCCGUAGACCGAAGUCUGUCGCGUUCGCUGCUUAGCGCACAGUGUUUUGUACAUAUACCGAAGUGUAAAUAAUUCAUGAUGAGUAUUCGAAUCGUUAAUUAAUUCGUGACGACAGGAGGAAGCUCGUCAGGUUCAACGAUUAAAAUUAUCGUUGUUGGGAAUCGGAGAGUCUGCCGAGUUUCGUUAAGCGCGAUGAGUGAGCAGCUUCGAAACCGAUGGAGAUUUCAUAGAUACGGAAGAAGAGGCGUAUAUCGUUUACGUAAAAGGACAUUUUAUCAAGAUCCGAGUCGACACGGAACACGUUCAUCGAAUAUUAUCCGCGAUCCAAUCCGUUUAAUACCAUUAUCGUUCUGAAAUGUAAUAUUACACGAUCGGAAACGUUAAGGCGUUCGAUGUACGUACACCGAUGUAACAACGGAUAAUAUUCGUUGUUAAUGCCUUGCAUUCGUGCCUUUUACUCAUAGUCUUCCUCGAAUAUCGCGUGAGGAUGUUGAAUCGUUCGAUCUAGAUCAAAAUUUACGCGCGAUCAAGAGAAACGAAGAUGCUAGAUCGAACGAGAGGCGUUCAAUAGAAGAUUACUUAUAUUGCAGUCUAUUUUUGCUACGACCUUGUUACCGUCAAAAGCAAACUGCCAUACUAUAGAUUCGGUGUACACCGACGAGCAUCGUACGCUUUCUUAGGGAAAAUGGCGCUGCUAGAGAAAACGUCACUACUUGAUUCUCGGAUAUUCGAAUUAAAAGUUUUGCUUUGCGGAUAUUAAAACAUUAUGGAAAUUUAAGAAAAGUGGUGGUGUAGUUUUUCUCUAGAGCGGUUGUUAUCUCGGAGAAGGCUCGAUUGCAGCGAGCUGUACUCUGCGUGUUAUCGCGCAGUUUGUAUCGCGAAAUGUACACGUUGCAUCGUCUCGACGGGAAACGAUGAGAGAUAUGUUGGAAGUUCUGGCGAGAACUGGCAAAGUGAAUUCGUUAAAUCGCGAUCGAUCGAUCUCUCGACUCGCUUCCGAGAUAUCUGGUAGAGCAUGUUUCUAUAAUAAACAAGCACGCGCAUAUGGUAAAGGCGUAUGUACUUGCAUAAACGGGUACACGUAAUCUCGACAUAGAGAACGUGCAUUCGUUCUGGUGCAGUGCAAUCUGUAGCGUUAAUUAACGCGUUGACUGUCAUGGGAAUCGUAAGUGAUCUCUGUUACCAAUUUUAUUUCGAUCGCACGGCGAAAUGACAUAUCGUUAAAGUUGCACUGGCGAAUCGUGCGUAAUGAAAAUAUUAGUAACCUUGAUAGUGCAUUUUAUUCAACGAAAUUAGGUGAUUUGAAGAUUUAGAAAUUUGGCGAUUUACACGAAUUGGAAUUUCUAAAUCUGGAAUUGUAAAUAUCGUAAAUAUCCCUGUUAUGGCAAUCAACGUGUUCACCAACGUCCGUCGAUAUAGCGGACGUUGGGUUCUCUAGGCUUAAGGACUUGCUCAAAAAUCAAAUCCGUUCCUACUGUUCCUAAUUAUCUACUGCGUAGUAUUCGUUUAUUUUUAUUCGAGCCGAACCAUGAUCGAACGAUCCGCGAGAUCGUUCGUUCGUGUCCUUAAUUUUUCGUCUAUAAAUAUACAACGUUACACGCGACGUUUCGGAGAUCGCGAACACUUACACUCACUUUGUUAAGGAAUAAAUUAUUGACCGUAACCACUA